AUGCUCCGUCCUGUGCUGCUGCUGGCCCUGGCGGCUGUGGCGGCGGCCGCCGGCACCUACCCGGGCUUCACGCUGAAGCCGGUGUUCUCAGAGAUCGGCCUGCCGUCUCUGUACAAACCCCAGUACUCCCUCGGCGGUUUGUACGGAUAUCUGCAGCAGGCUGACAUCCCGAAGACCCAGUUUGUGUCUCGCGUCCGCAAGUACGGACCCUACAUCAGCCGUACCGUUCUGCCGCUUACGAAGCAAUACAAGGGCGUGCUGGCGGACCUUCUGCAGCUGGCGGUGGUCCGCUACUACGGCUGUGAGCCCGUCAUCAACAAAAAGGUCCCGCUGUCCACCUACUUCGGACGCUACGUCAAGAAGACCAAGAUUCCAUCGCCGUACCGCUACAACACCAAGUACGUACGGACUUUCCUUGAUGGCUUUAAGGUCUACCUGCGCCGGCAUCUGCAGCGGCCGCAGAAGAUCUCGAUCCCCAGCCUUCCUCCCAAAGACAUCUUCCCCAUCUUCCCCGUUCGGCCUCCCAAGCCCUCCUACCCCGGGUACGAGAUCCUGGCCACGCUGAAGAGCCUUGGACUGCCGCCCCUGGUCAACCCUAGGGCCUCUCUGGGUGGCAUCGUCGCCUACUUGAAGGUGGUUGGAGUCAGCAAGACUACCUUCAUCAGCCGUAUCCAGGUCUACCGCCAGGCCAUCAUUAAGGUCGUGCUGAAGUACAAGAAAAUCUACACGGGCUACAGGCUGGACCUUCUCCAAGUGGCCGCUCUCCGCUACUAUGGCCUCAAAAAGAACACCAAGUACGAAGUUAGCUUCGGCUACGCUCUGCGCAAGAUCCUCAAGCCUUCCAUCAGGAUCAAGUACAGCGUGACCUACGUGAGGCAAUUCUUGGUCCGCUUCAGCCGCGUCCUUGUCGCAGUCCCGUAUCCCGGCUACAGUCUGCUCCCUGUCCUGCGCGGGAUCGGUCUGCCCAAGCUGUACCGACCCAAAUACACCCUCGGAGGUAUUGUGGCCUACCUGAAGAUCAAGAAAAUCAGCCAGGUUGCAUUCAUCGCGAGGAUUAAGAAGUACAGACUGAAGAUCAAAAAACUUGUUCUGAAGUAUAAGAAAAUCUACACGGGCUACAGGCUAGACCUUCUCCAAGUUGCCGCUCUUCGCUACUAUGGCCUCAAAAAGAACACCAAGUACGAAGUUAGCUUCGGCUACGCUCUGCGCAAGAUCCUCAAGCCUUCCAUCAAGAUCAAGAUCAGCGUGACCUACGUGAGGCAGUUCCUGGUUCGCUUCAGCCGCGUCCUGGUCGCAGUCCCGUACCCCGGCUACAGUCUGCUCCCGGUCCUGCGCGGGAUCGGUCUGCCCAAGCUGUACCGACCCAAGUACGCCCUGGGAGGUAUUGUGGCCUACCUGAAGAUCAAGAAAAUCAGCCAGGUUACAUUCAUCGCGAGGAUUAAAAAGUACAGACUGAAGAUCAAGAAACUUGUUCUGAAAUACAAAAGGCAGUACAAGGGCUACCAGCUGGACCUCGUGCAGAUUGCCGCCCUUCGCUACUACUGCAUCUCCAAGAAGUCGAAGUACUCAGUCAGCUUCGGAUACGCUCUCAAGAAGACUAUCAAGCUUUCAAUCAGGCAGAAGUACAGCAUCAAGUACGCGCGAAUCUUUCUGGAGCGUUUUAGCAAGGUCCUGGUCACGCUGCCGUACCCUGGCUACAACCUGAUCCGCGUCUUCAGAGGCAUUGGACUGCCGAAACUGUACAGGCCCAAGUACAGCGUUGGAGGACUUGUUGCCUACUUGAAGGUGGUCAAAAUCAAGCAGGUGACCUUCAUCAGUCAGAUCAACAAGUACAGCACUUCUAUUCGGCAGCUGGUUCUGAAGCACAAGAAGCAGUACUCUGGAUUCCGCGUCGACCUGCUGCAGCUGGCCGCCCUGCGGUACUACGGAAUUAAGCAGGACUACUCCGUGAAAUUCAUCGUCGCCUUCAGGAAGGCUCUGGUUCCUUCGUUCAAGAUCAGCACACGCAGCAUCAAGGCCUUCCUCGUCCGCUUCAGCAAGUACCUGCUGAAGCCGGUUUACAUCAGCCCCGUCUACAAGCCUCGUCCGGCCACCUACCCGGGCUACCAGCUGAAGCCCCUGCUAACCACCGUGGGCCUGCCGAAGCUGACCAAGCCACAGUACUCUCUGCCCGGCCUGGUGGGAUACCUGCAGAGUAACAAGUACCCGCUGCCGUCCCUUGUAGGACGCAUCCAGAAAUACGGACCCAAGAUCAGGUCGACCGUCUAUCGCUACAGGCCGAACUACUCGGGAGUCCUCACGGACCUGCUGCAGCUGUGUGCCAUCCGCUACUACUCGCUGCCCCUGGUCAUCAGGAGCAACGUGGGCUUCGGCAGCACCUUCCAGCGCUACAUCCGCUCGCAG